AUGCUCAGGCCUCUGAGAAGUGCUUUGGCCUUUUUCCAGAGUACAGCUGACCCCACAGAGCAGCAGCGACCACAGCAGCAGGACCCACAGGAGCAGGGUGACACUGAGUUGACAACUGUGCAGGGAGUUGUCACAAGUUUCUGUGAUGAUUAUGGCAUGAUUGAUGAGUCAAUCUACUUCAGUAGUGAUGUUGUGACUGGCAACGUUCCUCUAAAAGUUGGACAGAAAGUUAAUGUGGUUGUGGAAGAAGAUGAACCACUUUACGGAUUGAGAGCAAUCAAGGUGGAUGUUGUGCCUCACCCUCUUGACAGUAAUGAACCCUCAGACUCAAAAGUCAGAGUUUUAAAUGGAUGUGUUACUUCUAUAAGUGAAGAUACUAUUUAUAUUAGUAACAUCAUUUAUUUCCCUAUGGACACUGUUUCUGAAGAUUUUGUGCCUUAUAAGGGUGACUGGUUAAAAGUUGAAUAUUCCACUGAACCAGGCUUCUCAAACUUCAAGGCAAGCUCUGUGAAGCCCACCCGUUGUACUCAUGCGGAAGAGGUCCGCAUUACUCACAUACGUGGAAGACAUGGGGUGAUAAGUAAUAAGAUCUUUUUCACCUUGGAUUCUGUGAAACUUCCUGAUGGAUAUGUACCUAAAGUAGAUGAUAUCGUCAAUGUGGUCAUGGUGGAGAGCACUCAGUUCUGCUUUAAGUGGAGAGCGGUUUCUAUCACCCCAGCACAAAAAUCCAGCAGCAGAUUCCAGGAUGAUGGAGGCCUGGGGCAGCCCUAAAGGGAACGUCGGAGCCAAAGCAUUUAACUGAAACAGCAGCAGGGACAGCAUGUUAAAGGCAUGAUUUAAAGUUACAAUUUAACUUCAGUUUUGAGUCCCCCUUAUGCUGUCUGUACAAUCUGUAUUGUUCCAUAGCCUCUUUCAUAUUCUGUCAUUCACGUAAUUUGCAAUG